CAUGAAUUCCAACGUUCCAGACUCUUUGCUUAUUAUAAAAAAAAAAAAAAAGGCAGGUGAACAGGAAUAGGGUCACUCUGUCUCCCAGGAACUGCUUCCAGCUGACUUGAGAUGAAGCAAGAACCCAGUAGGCUGAGUAUUUAUGGCACCCCAGGGAAUGCCAUGAUCGAGUAGCCAGAACCAAAGCUCUACAAGAUUCAGCAAGUCAAGUUCACCCUCCACUCAGGAACUCUGCCUUUGCUGUUUCAUCUCAAGUGUCCUCUCUUUGGGAAGAGUUCUCUGUUCAGUCUGCUCAAGCCUCCUUUACCCUCAACGGGUCUCUCCACCUCGUUUUAUAAGCACAAUGUUAGCUGCUGUCCCUGGGCCUGAAUGUUAUGUCAGCACACGAGGGACAGAUCUUUGGCUUAUCGAGUAUUGCAGCCCUCUGCUUGUUUUGGAACCUCUUCUGAUACUAUGGACUUAGUUCAAGGCCAGGAAAGUAGGGGAACCUCCACUGGAGAAUGGGCUGAUUCCAUACCUGGGCUGUGCUCUGAAAUUUGGGUCCAAUCCUCUUGAGUUCCUGAGAGCCAAUCAAAGGAAGCAUGGUCAUGUUUUUACCUGCAAACUAAUGGGGAAAUAUGUCCACUUCAUCACAAACUCCUUGUCAUACCAUAAGGUGUUAUGUCAUGGAAAAUAUUUUGACUGGAAAAAAUUUCAUUACACUACUUCUGCAAAGGCAUUUGGACACAGAAGCAUUGACCCAAAUGAUGGAAAUACCACGGAAAACAUAAACAACACUUUUACAAAAACCCUCCAGGGAGAAGCUUUGCAUUCACUCUCUGAAGCCAUGAUGCAAAACCUGCAUUCUGUCAUGAGGCGUCCUGGCCUUCCUAAAUCAAAGAGUACUGCCUGGGUCACCGAAGGAAUGUACGCCUUCUGCUACCGAGUGAUGUUUGAAGCCGGAUAUCUAACUCUGUUUGGCAGAGAUACUUCAAAGCCAGACGCACAAAGAGCGUUUAUUCUCAACAACCUUGACAACUUCAAGCAAUUUGAUCACGUCUUUCCAGCGCUGGCAGCAGGCCUUCCUAUUCACUUGUUCAAGACGGCGCAUAAGGCCCGGGAAAAGCUGGCUGAGAGCUUGAAGCAUGAGAACCUCUCUGUGAGGGACCAGGUCUCUGAACUGAUCCGUCUGCGCAUGUUUCUCAACGACACUCUCUCCACCUUUGACGACAUGGAGAAGGCCAAGACGCACCUCGUUAUCCUCUGGGCAUCUCAAGCAAACACCAUUCCUGCAACUUUCUGGAGCUUAUUUCAAAUGAUCAGGAGUCCUGAAGCAUUGAAAGCAGCCUCUGAAGAAGUGAUUGGAGCAUUACAGAGUGCUGGCCAAAAGCCCAGCCCUGGAGGGAAUGCCAUUUAUUUGGAUCAAAUGCAACUGAACGACCUGCCAGUACUAGAUAGCAUCAUCAAGGAGGCUCUGAGGCUUUCCAGUGCAUCCUUGAAUAUCCGGACUGCUAAGGAGGAUUUCACUCUACAUCUUGAGGAUGGUUCCUAUAACAUCCGAAAAGACGACAUCAUAGCUCUUUAUCCACAGUUAAUGCACUUGGAUCCUGAAAUCUACCCAGACCCUCUGACUUUUAAAUAUGAUCGGUACCUUGAUGAGAAGAGGAAGACAAAGACCUCCUUCUACAAAAAUGGGAACAAACUGAAGUAUUUCUACAUGCCAUUUGGAUCAGGAGCUACAAUAUGUCCAGGAAGACUAUUUGCUGUCCAAGAAAUCAAGCAAUUUUUGAUUCUAAUGCUUUCAUACUUUGAACUGGAACUUGUGGAGAGCCAAGUCAAGUGUCCCCCUCUAGACCAGUCCAGGGCAGGCUUGGGAAUUUUGCCACCAUUAAAUGAUAUUCAGUUUAAAUAUAAACUGAAACAUCUGUGACAUGCAGUUGGAAGAAGAGGGCACUGGAUGAUGUUGCUGGACUGCAGAGAGCCAUCACUGAACAGGCCCUUGGGACAAGUGCUCAUGGAUGCUUCCCAGUGACUGACUGUGCCCAUGAAAAGAACUGUUCCCAGGGUACCACUUUCUGCUCUCACUGCCUGAGUUCCUGGGUGCUCAGAUCACUGAGGCCUGAGUUUCACCACUCUCUGAAAGCAAUGUCUUAUGUUUUUAUUUUCAAAAUGAAGAUAUUCCAAUUGGCAGGAUUUUUUCCUAAGGAAAUUGCUUUAUACUGUUAUGAAAACUACUGAUUAAUUAUGAAAAGGCUUCAAAUUCACGUUUUAGUGAUAAUACUUUUUUUCACUAGUUAAGUUCUUCAUGUGUGAGCAUAUUAUAAAAACAUUUUAAAGGGUCAUAUCAUGCUUUACAUCAAGGAAAAGAAAAAUAUUAUUCAAUUUUAUAUAUGUCUAGUGCUGAGAGUUUGAAAAUGAUGGUACUCUUCUGGAAACACUACACGAAGUAUUGACACUUUCCUGUUAUAUUUUAAUUUAUUGUUCCUGGAAAUUCUCAUUCCAGUUUUCAUCUGCCUUAUCUCUGUUCUUUUUUGACAUUCACACCAAUGAGAAGAGUGCUUUUCAGAGACUGAACAGCACCUCCCCAGAACCCCACUUCUGACAUCUUCAAGGCUCUAAUCCCAGCACUCACACUCAGGAGGCAGAGGCAGGCAGAUCCCUGUGAGUUCGAGGCCAGUCUGGUCUACAGAGCGAGAUCCAGGCAAGGCAGGGCUACAGAAUGAGACCUUGUCUCAAAAAAAAGGGUCAAUUUUUAUGUCAUAAUUGAUUAUGAAUCAAUGCAAAAAAAUUUUUUUUUCAUAGUAGGAAAAUGCAUUUAUUACGUACACUGCAAGAACAUGGCAGACAGGACAGUGAGAGAGCUGACUGCAGAGGAGGGUGGGCAGUGACAGCUUUCACUUAGGGUCUGUUGUUCUCUUUAGUUAGAAAAGUCCAACACGUAAUUCCUGCAAUACAAAUGAAGGCUGUCCUCACCAGUCAGUAUUCGAUUCUGCAUGACGGCCAGGUUGACAGGGGGGCAGCCCUGUGGUACCCAAUGGCAGCUUAUUUUGGUUGGCUGUAGCCUUGUCAUGCCAUUCUGCCACUUGAAGUUUGGCUGAUUCAGGCUUUCCAGAAGGCUGAAGAAAUUUAAAAACAGAACUCUUAAGGAAAUGACCAUUUAAAAUGGUCUAUUUUAGCUACUACAAAGUAUGUGGAGUUCACUAAGUGCAAGUUGACAUUAUAUGUUCUUUUAAAAUGUCUUAUGUUUAUCUCUAAAUGCCUUGUAGAUGAAGAAUAAUAGUAGUGUUUAAAUACUGACUACAAUAAUGCUUUGGUAAUGUACUUUAAGAGAGUUACCAGCUGUGCCAUUUUUACUGAAAUACAAACAUAUUUAUAUGUAAAUUAUAUUUAUCUUUUUUUCUUGUACUAUGAAUAUAUGACAAUAUUGUAACAUCUAGUAAUUUUAAAACUACCUACCUUUCAGAAAUGAACAUAUGAAUGUUUGUGUUUUAAACUUUGAAAUAGAAUGUUUAAAUUAUUCAUCUACUGAUAAGUUAAAAUACUUUCAUCUGAUUUAUCUAAAAUAUUCAUAAUUUCAAGAAACCAAAAAAUAUUUAAAGUAAUCAUUCACUCAAAAGUCUCCCUAAUAUUACAGAAAAUUCAAUAAAAUAUUUUUGUGUGGGGGGAUGGAACCAGGGUCUAAUGGGUGCUCCCACAGUGAGCUGUAUCUAUGACUCCUUAAACUUCUAAAAUCUUACCACUAAGUAUUACCAUGGAGUUACUACCUAAGUAGGAUAUUUUUCUUUUCUUUCUCAUUUGACAGAGUCCCACAGCAAUGCAGCUGGCCGGAACUCUCCACAAAGCUUGGGCAGGCUUCGAAUUCACUCUACUCCUGCCUUUCCCUUUCUAGGAAGUUACUUUCCACACAAAGAAAAUAAAUUAUUUGUAUGAGGCAGAAGAGUAAGAAAAUUCUGCUAGAUUCUAAUAUGUAUUAAACUGAAUUUCCAAUGUGUCUUUUUAAACAAGUUUUAUGACUCUCUGAAUUGAAUGCAUCUACACACCUUCCCAUGGCUUUCUAAAAGCAUAUAUUUCAUACACAAAAUGAUGCAUGUCACAAUGAUGCCUUGUUUCCACGUCUUUAUUCUUGUGCAAUGAUAGUUGGAAAUUAGUAGCCCAUAGACCAAAGUUACUCUUCCUGUUUUUGUGCAGUUUAAGUGUUGAGAAUGGUUUUUACAUUCUAAAUGCUUAGAACAAAAUGCAAAAGAUUAUUUUAUGUCAUAUGUGAAGUAUAUGAAAUGCAGACUGGCAUACCCAUGAAUAAAUUUUUAUUGGAAUACCAUA